GUUCGUUGCCGCGUCGCCUUUCCCGCCGUCGCAUCGCCGGCACCAACUCUGGAAGCUCCCUUGGCUCCCAAGCUAUGAGCCAACCACGCCACGCAUGCCCAUGCCCAUGCACUCUCUCUCGCUUAUAUACACGCUCCAUCGUCUCCUCCAGAUCCGGCACACAGCAGCAAAGCUAGAGACGAACGACGUCCAGCUAAGCUACCAUGGAGCUCCAGCUUCUUCCGCGGCAAUGGCUCGGCGUGCUUGCGCUCCUGGCCGCCGCCUUCGUCCUCGCCGCCCACCUCGACAGCGCCGCCGCACAGCCCGCCGCCGCGCCGACGCCGCCCGUAAUAGUCCCGCCGCUCCCAACGGCGCCCGCCCAAUCCCCUCCGGCGCCCGCCACCCCAAUCGCGCCCGCCAAACCGCCCCCAAUCGCGCCCAUCAAGCCGCCGCCCGCCAUCGCGCCCGUGACGCCACCACCGGUGGUCGCUCCCCCGCCGGUCACCCCGCCGCCCGUGUCCGCUCCCCCGCCAGUGACGCCUCCCCCCGUGGCGACGCCGCCGCCGGUCGAAGCUCCGGCCGUGCUGCCCCCGGCCGCGGCCGCGCCGCCCCUGCCGCCGGUGGCCGCCCCGGCCGAGGCGCCGGCCGUGGUGCCCCCCGCGAAGGCGCCGUCCAAGAGCAAGAACAAGCACAAGAGGAGGAGCGGGACGAAGAAGAAGGCCCCCGCCCCGGCGCCCGAGCCGCUCAGCCCGCCGGCGCCCGUCGCGCCCGAGCCCGCCUCCGUCGAGGACGCCUCCGGCCCCGCGCCCUCCGCCAACGACCUCAGCGGGAGCAGCCGGCAGCUGGGCCAAUGGGGGAACGUCGUCCUGAAGACCGCCAUGGCCGCGCUUCUGCUGUCACUGGCAUGGUGAAAUUGAACGGCGAAUCUGAAGCUCGGCCGGAGAGAUCCAUCCAUCCAUCCAUUUUUAUGAAUGUAAUCGUCUCGUGAUAGAUUCAAUCAACCCCUUCUGGUGAUAUAGUAGGAGAUUGCCAUUGCAUUCGCGGCUUGUAAUAAUAAUAUAAACUGGAUUGAUUUUUGACGAGUUUUUGACUGCU